UUCUUUUUCUCUCUCGCACGCAAGCACACACGCAUGCAUGCACACACUUUGAUUAAUCCGAAGUGAUCCAUGCUUACACACUGACAUGCACUGCGCGUCGGCCUGUUGCUAUGAAGACGUCAUCCCCGGUGUCAUUGUCGGCCGUGAUUGGACACCCACCAGGGCAGCGGCAACUUCUACAAUUUUCGGAAUCUGCAACAGCUGAGUUGACAGUGCAACAGCUGAUUGGUGCGCUCUUUGGAAUGAACAAUACAUAAACUUUGAGACCUUUCACAGUUCAAUGUGAAGCUAGCCAGCGAGUUUACGCGGUCAAACUUCUUAAGGAAUUUUCUACACGUGCUCCGUAUAAUAACAAAAGGUCGUAGCUUGUCUGAAGAUGAGCUUUAACACAGCCGGCGCGUUCGCUAGCCGCAGUAGCCAAGAAAAUGUUGCUGCUGGCUCAAGCAGAAUGGAUCCAACCCGUAUGCAGAGGGCAAAACAAAGAACGGUCCUCGGCCUACUGAGUGAAAACGAACAGCACAGCCGUUUAGCCGGAGGUCAGCCCUCUAAACUCGGGUCCAUCUCGGAGAACUCUCAGACGACGUUUCCGGGCUGUACAUCCAGCUCCAGCUUUGAUGUCUUUCUGGAUGACCCAUGUGAGGUUGUCCUCCCUGCCUGUACUGAAGUCGUGGUUUCACCUCAGUUGGUGAAUGAGGAUAGGGCAGCCUUGCAACAUAAAGAUUUCCGGCUCUUCCUCGACCUGAGCUCAGGCACAUGUAUGGACACCUCAAUGCAAUCCCUACCUGAUGAACCAAUGACAUCAGAGGAUAUGCUGGGCCUGUCUGAGUACGCGGAAGACAUCCACCGGCAUUUGCGAGAGAGUGAGAUGAAAUGCCACCCCAAACAUGGCUACAUGCGAAAGCAGCCAGACAUCACUAACUGCAUGCGUGUCAUCCUGAUGGACUGGCUGGUGGAGGUGUGUCUGGAGUACAAGCUGUGCAACGAGACCUUCUUCCUGGCCGUCAACUACAUUGACCGUUUCCUGUCCUGCAUGUCAGUGCUUCGGGGCAAACUGCAGUUGUUGGGCACGGCUGCCAUAAUGCUCGCAGCGAAGUACGAGGAGAUCUACCCCCCGGAGGUGGACGAAUUUGUGUACAUUACGGACGACACGUACACCAAGAAACAGGUGCUUCGCAUGGAGCACCUCGUCCUGAAAGUGCUGGCGUUUGACAUGACCGUGCCCACAACGCAUCACUUCCUGCUCCAGUACAUGACUGUGCAGUCUGUCUGCUCCCAGACACAGAACCUCGCCCAAUAUGUGUCAGAGUUGAGUCUGCUGGAAGUAGACCCUUUCCUGCAGUACGUGCCGUCUAUGGUGGCAGCGGCAGCCUACUGUCUGGCCAACUACACAGUAAACAGAACAUUCUGGCCUGAUGCCUUGGGUGCCUUCACUGGUUACACCCUGUCGGAGAUUGCCCGUUGUCUGAAGGACCUGCACAAGCUCUACCUCGGUGCGGAGAGUCGCCCCCAACAGGCCAUCAGGGAGAAGUACAAGAGCUCAAGGUAUGGAAAUGUGUCGGCCAUGACUCCUCCCCCUUCUCUACCUUUCCACUGAGGCAACUGGAACCUUCUGUGGCCUGCAGCACGACACAGCGCUUACCUGUUUUGUAGAUAUGUGAUUUUGUAAAAUUACUUUUUUAAAUUGAAUUUUUUAACCGGUGUAAAUAAGCCAUUUUUAUUAUAGUUAGCUAUCAAGGUAACAAUAAAAAUUAUAAAGUUUCUUGUGAACUUUAAACUUGACUGCUUGAGGUGUUGUAUUGUUGGUUCUAGUCUGAGAUCAGGAUUUGCCCCAAGUCUGUAAAAGCCAUUCGUCAAACGUUCAAAUCUUUUACUGUAUCUUGUGUGAAACCUCCCCAGAAUCAUGGACUUCAGUCUGCGUCUUGUAUGUUGCAUCAUGAGAUUAAAAUGACAAGUUACCAUAUUUUUUUUUGCCUCUUAAUGAUUUUCAAAUACGUGUUCACAGAGCUAACCUGUUUAUUUUUUU